CUCCACGGGCUUCUUCUUCUCCUUCUUGGCGGCCUUGGCAGCCUCAGCGCGCUUAGCAGCCAGAGCCUUGGCAGCCUCAUCCUCCUCCUCGUCAUCGUCGUCACCGAACAGGUCGUCGUCAUCGUCGUCCUCCUCCUCGACCUUCUUGGGGGCAGGGGCGGCCUUCUUGGGAGCCUCCUUCUUUGCCGGAGCCGCCUUCUUGGCGGGCUUGGCAGCCGCAAUGGGCUUCAUGGGCUUGGCACCCUUGGUGGGGUGAAGCACCGAGAACUUGGCGGUCUGCACCAGCUGGAACUUGUUCAUGUCGGUCGGCAUCGUGAGAAGAAGAUGUGGGAGAUAGAGAGUCGAUUCGCUACUGAGGAGCGACUGGAUCUGCUGGCCUGACCAUCCGUUCGAGUCGGGCGUGAUGAUAUUCUGAGAUAACAUAUUCUUAUUGGGAAACCUUUGGUUUAGAAAUUCUGAGUUAGAAUAUUUUUGUCAACCGCCAAAAUUUUUGAACAAGGGUUUGACAAGCAUGAAGACUGAGCUGCAGCGAGUACUAGAGGCGUAUCGUGCCAUGGAGCCCGUGAAGGACGUCAUCCACAUGAUCAAGACGCAGUUUGCGGUGGAUCAACGUUGGGCCUCGCUGGAAUUCCAGGCUCAAGUGCUGCAGGAGGUGGUGAACGACCCAAUUUGCGACGACUUUGCACCACUGAGGAAGUACACGUACAGAUUCCUCAAGAGUUAUGUGGAUGAGAUUGAAGCGGUGCACGCGGAUGUGGACGACGGGCUUGUGGAGGCGUUAGUGGAGUUUAUACUAAACGCCAAGCUUGUUGAUGACGCGCUUAAUUCCGAGGCCAUGCACCAUGUUUCCUACACGGUUCCUACCGCUGACUCGUCCGUUGUCGUGACCUGUCGAGUGGCUUCGGUGUUCAAUGAGGUCGGACUCAAACUCUGGGAAGCUGGUUGGCUACUGGCUGAGUAUGUCAUCGCCCACAAGAGCGACUUUCAUGGCAGGAAAGUACUUGAACUGGGAGCUGGUGUGGGCUUCACAGGGAUGGUGCUUGCCUGCGUGUGUCGCUGCAAUCGCAUUGUGCUCACAGACUACGCGCCAAACGUAAUGCAAAAUCUGCGCUACAACGUCGAGAUCAACUCAAGCAAGUUCGUUUGUCCCGCUGAGGUGCAGACGUUGGACUGGGAAACGUGGCAGCCAACCGACCACGAAGACGAGCGCCCCGAUGUCUUGUUAGCAGGAGACUGCGUCUACGAUGUAGCAGCUUUCCCACCCAUGAUGCACGCCCUGCAGUCAUUCCUCGGUAAUGACCAAGGCAGUACGAACCAGCAUCCACAACGCGUAGCGAUCUUCGCCGCUACUAUUCGUAACCAGAAAACGUUCCAGGAGUUCCUCGACCAACUUGCCGUCCACCGUAUUGACUACGUUGAUAUCACGACGUCAUCACUAGAAAAAAUGGGGAGACAGCUUUUCGUGUAUCCGAAUCGGGAUCAAAUUCGGAUCUGCCGCCUGUCGAGAACUGUCGAAUCUACGGCGCAAUAAAAGCUAAAAGGGAUUCUAUCUCUAUUUCGUGUUACAUGCAGUUCAUCUUGACUUUGAAGAAGAAUACACAGAUGAGGAAUGCCAGUAAACUGACAGCA